GCUGUGUUUGUUUACAAGUGGUCGUCGUCAGGAGCAUCGCUAAGGAAAGAAACGGAACUAUACAAGCCACGAAUCUUAUAUUUUUUUUCGUGCAUUUUUCACCUCUGCCACAGUGACACAGUUAGACAGGAUGUUCAUGUGUAGUGUGGGUCGUCCCUGCUCGUGUGCCAAGCAGCAGCGGGGUGUAUGCGAGGCGUGAGGCUGAGAAGUAAUGCGUGUAAUGUAAUCUGAGGAACCAACGCGGGCUAUGUGAUAGAGGAUGGUGUCCACACGGGGAGUGAGGGUAAAGUUCAGUGAGGGGGAGCGUGUCCUCUGCUAUGAGCCGGAUCCAACCAAAGCCAAGGUCCUCUACGACUCAAAGGUUCUGGAAGUAGUAUUCAACAAAGAUGGAAAAGGCCGCAAGCAAAUAGAGUAUCUCAUCCACUUUCAGGGCUGGAACGCCUCCUGGGACCGGUGUGUCUCGGAGGACUUUGUACUGAAAGACACGGACGAAAACAGGGACUUGCAGAAACAAUUGGCAGACAAAGCCCAGAUCAAGCUGUCAAUGAAAUCUAACCGCGUGCUGAUAGGAGGACCACUCUACAAGGAACGGAAGAGAAAACGUCGAUUGUCAGAAACCAUAAGGGAGACCAUUGAGAGGGAGAGACAGGAGAGAGAACAGCAAGAGGAAUCAGAAACAAGCUCUCAGACUGGGACAACUGUGACUGAGGAGGAUGAGAGGGGAUGGCCAUUGUCUGAGGGUGGCAGCACCACUGGAGGCGAAGAUGAGGAGGAUGAGGAUGAGGGCGAGGCAGCCAGUGAGGAUGAGCGUCACUUUCCAUUGGUGAUCCCGGACAACCUGAGGGCUGUGCUGGAGCGGGACUACCACCUCAUCAAUGACAAGAAUAAGCUGCUGGACCUUCCAACAGAGAAGACAGUUCUCAGCCUCCUGGAGAACUAUGUGAGAUUCUUUGCCAUGCGGUAUUUGGCCAGAACCCGAGAGAAGAGGCGUACCGAGAUCAAGGAGAAAGACAAAUGCUUUAUGACGCUAGACUUGUGCAAGGAGGUGAUGGACGGCCUGCGUGUGUGCUUUGACUUCCACAUUGAGACUCUGCUCCUGUACGCCCCCGAGAGACGGCAGGCGGAGCGUCUACGCACUGCACAGCCAGUCUACUCCAAGCAGGAGGUGGAUGGUGAUGGGCCGGUGGUGGUGGAGGACCGAGAGAGUGUGGACAGUUUGUGUGGAGACAAGGAUGAUCUUGAAAACGAGAUGAUGCGAGCCAAGGCAGAGCUCACCCAGAAGGAGGAAGAGAAGACCAAAGAGAGUGGGGGAAGACGAAUGCUACGUUCCAAAAGGCCUCUGUCUGGAGAUUCCUGCUCCAACACCGACCGGGAGAAAGGUGUUUCCCUUGCAUGCGAGUCAGGACGCAGCACCCCCACUACUGUGACUUCUGUGGGUAGCACAGCUGGCGUCAGCAGCCUAGGCCGUAGCACCCUGCCGUACGCCAACCUGCAGCAUAACCAACUCCAGGACUGGACUCUGCUGCCUGACCCAUACAGACACCCUCCUCCUCCUGUGCUGCUGUACGGCCACAUCCACCUCCUCAGGCUGUUUGUAAAACUGCCAGAGAUCCUGUACAGAAUGAAUCUGUCUGAAAGCAAGAAGAAAGCCAUCAGCAAACACCUUGACUUGUUCCUUGAGUACAUCAGCACACACAGUGAAGAGCUCUUUCUUGAAUCACACUACAUCAACAACAUGGAUGUGUGAUUCCAUCAGGAUCUUCACUUUAGCUCAGUAAAAUUCAUAUCAUCAUCUAGAAAUCUAGACUGAACUUAGUACUAUAAGGGAUGUCUGUUUCCCAUGAAUGGGAGGUAUGGACAGCACUAAAACAGCAUUAUAUGCAACAGGUAUGCCUGUGAAGCAAGGAUUUGUAGUUGGGAUUGAUAAGGAUAAAAGAAAAGUAGUUGUGGAUGCAUGAAUGAACUUAUGACUUUGACAGUCUGUCGGAAGGAUGUUCCUCUGCAUCUGUCUUGAUCACUUGGUCAACUCAGGUGUGGAGAAGAGGAUAGGUCUGUUAUUGUGCAGCAGAGGGGAAACCACCUCUGCUGUAGUGUCUUGUGAAUUUUGUUGGACUGCAAAGCUAUCUAAAGCUGCAUGUUGCAGUAAGGAUCAGUUCUUUGUAUCCUAGAGACUUAGAGACAUAGAUGUGAGGGAACAAGUGUGAAGAUAUUGCAUAUAAACAACUUGUCUUGGCUGCCCCUUAUAAGGGAAAUGUCAUCUUAGUUUAUAGGUUGUUAGACUUAAGACUUCAUCUGCAGAAGGGCAGAUCUUCAACUCUUAUAACUUAUCAAAAUGUCCCUGAGAUGUAAAGAAUGUGUGGCAACUUUGCAUGUAUGGGGUAAGGCCUUUGGUGAGGCAGACAGACAGGAAGCUAAGUACUCAUCAGCACACAGGCCUGUGACUAAACAGAGUACUUAGCUGGAGCUUGGUAUGGAGUGUCUGCCAAGGAUGGUAGUGAGUUGAAAAGGAGCGUUGGUGUGAGCUGGGCACUGGCUGGAAUCUGAUGAGAGAGCAGGGUAUGUAUAUCCAACCGCUUCUUGAAUGUGACUGACUUCCCACUUAUUGAGCGGAUUGAUAUCAGUUUGCUCCAGGACAGUGAAUCUGCUCGAUCCGGAUCCUCAUUGUUUUUUCCACUCAUUGUGGUGGAUUGUUAUAUUUUAAUUGAACUAAUUCCCGUCACCACCAACUUCUCUGCUGGAACAAUAGUUCUGACAGAAUGACAGAAGUAUUGCAAAGCUGUUAUGUUAUGAAAACCAUGCAGUAUGUCCCUCUGUCUGCACCAUGAAAAGAAACAAAUAGUGUUUGGCAAGUUCCCUGUGCACAUUGUGUUAGCUACACUGCUGUUCCUUUAGGAUCAAAUACAUCCCAAGAAGGAGAGUAGUUUUAACUAUUGUGAAAGUGACACACUAUAACAGGAAAUUAUAAAAAGCCAUGGAAAACUAUUUUAUCUGGAAUUAAUGACUACUGUCCACUUGUUGUGUCGUGUGCUUCUGCUAGAGUACAAGACAAAAAGAUUGAGGCUGGGAGUCCAGUAAUCCCUCUCAAGAAACAUUAUCAUAACUCUGAAUAAUUCUGAAAUAGAAAUCUUGUGCCUGCCUGGACCUAUAGACAUGCAAGGCUGGGUAAGUGCUACAGAUGUGCCAAAUGAUGUAAUUGAUUUCAUCAAGUGAUAGUUUGCAUUUGGUUGUAGUUUUCUUUAAUCUAAAGUAAAAUACAAAUCCUCUGUAGCAAAGGAAGUAUGUGCUAUAUACUGUGUUGAUGUCAUUAAACACUGUGCUCCA